AAAACAGGCGGCGCAAUUGGAAAAAAAAUGUACUCGGCGAUUCGCUCCCUUCCUCUCGACGGCGGUGAGUACCAUGGACCUCUCGACGGAACCAAUCUCCCCGGAGACGCCUGUUUGGUCUUGACCACUGACCCGAAACCCCGUCUCCGGUGGACGGCGGAGCUCCAUGAGAGGUUCGUUGAGGCCGUCACGGAGCUCGGUGGUCCCGAAAAAGCGACGCCCAAAACUCUGAUGAGAACAAUGGGAGUGAAAGGUCUCACCCUCUACCAUCUCAAAUCUCAUCUUCAGAAAUUUCGGCAAGGGAGGCAAGCUUGCAAAGAAUCAACUGACAACUCCAACAAGGAUGCUUCUUGUGUUGGGGAGAGUCAGGACACAGGUUCCUCUUCACCGUCAUCAUUGAAACUAGCUGCGCAGGAACAGAACGAGAGUUACCAAGUCACUGAAGCUCUACGUGCUCAGAUGGAAGUCCAAAGAAGACUACACGAGCAAUUGGAGGUGCAACGGAGACUCCAGGUAAGGAUAGAGGCACAAGGGAAGUACCUACAAUCAAUUCUCGAGAAGGCUUGCAAGGCCUUUGAAGAGCAAGCUGCUAUGUUUACUGGGCUUGAGACAGCUAGGGAAGAGCUGUCGGAGCUAGCCAUCAAAGUCUCUAAUAGCUCUCAAGGAGCAACAGUCCCGUACUUUGAUGCAACAAAGAUGAUGAUGAUGAUGCCGUCUUUGUCCGAGCUUGAAGUAGCAGCAAUAGACCACAAAAGCAACAUCACGACAACCAACUGUUCAGUAGAAAGCUCUCUGACUUCCAACACUAAUGGGAGCUCGGUCUCUGCUGCAUCGAUGAAGAAGAGGCAUCGUGGAGGAGACAAUGUCGGGUAUGAAGGGAGCUGGACUGUGCCUAGUAGUACCAUUGGAUAGAGUUUAGGUACGAAGAGAUCAGUUUGAGAAAAAGAUGUUUACUUGCUUUGGAGGGGGAUUGUAUUAUUCGAUACAAAACUUGUCAUCAGUGUUUUAUCUUAGCCUGCCUACUCAUGUAUAUAUUUGAUGUUUAAACUUUGUAACUUGUCUUAAACUUUUCUCAAACUUGUAUCAAGUUUGAGCCUUCACUCGUAAUGUCUUUCGUCAUGACUUUUUAUGAUU